CCACCACAGGAACAAAGAAAGACGUACGUACAUUCUGGGAGGGUAAAAUGGUAAUGACGGAGGAUGGGGACGGGGUUCGACCGUUGUGAGGGGCAGAAUGGGAAAGAGUGUUGUCAAAGAUUUUACCAGCACAACCGUCUGGGCUGGUGUGUGUAGUGAAGCUGAAGGAAAAUGAUAGUGGUUGUUGUCAAUGCAGUUACCUGCUACUAGCCCAUUAUUUUGCCCGAUUCCCCUUACUACCCUUCCCCUUUCUCUCUCUCUAAAAAGAUCUUCAUUCUCUCCCUCUCUUUGUCUCUCUCUACUCUUACAUUGCCGGAGAAGGUCGACUAUUGAGUAGCAGAAUUUUGUAAUCUUGAUUGGUUGUCUCUCAAUUUGUUGAGUUAGUUUUGCUUUUUUAAAUGCUUCCAAUGGAAGCUAAUGGUGGCGGCGGUGGUGGUGGAGCUUUGCUUGUUGGUGGUAAUGCAGAGGAUUGUUGUGUGAAAGUGGCGGUUCACAUCAGGCCGCUCAUAGGCGAUGAGCGAGCUCAAGGUUGUAAGGAUUGUGUCACUGUCGUACCAGGGAAGCCUCAGGUUCAAAUUGGCACACAUUCCUUUACUUUUGAUCAUGUCUACGGAAGCACUGGCUCUCCUGCAUCAGCCAUGUUUGAAGAAUGUACCGCUCCUCUUGUUGAUGGUUUGUUUCAAGGCUAUAAUGCAACUGUUUUAGCAUAUGGUCAGACAGGAUCUGGAAAGACAUACACAAUGGGUACAGGCUUCAAAGAUGGUUGCCAAACAGCAAUAAUUCCGCAAGUUAUGAAUGUCCUGUUCGGCAAAAUUGAAACUUUAAAGCAUCAAACUGAGUUUCAACUACAUGUUUCUUUUAUUGAGAUUUUAAAAGAAGAGGUGCAUGAUCUAUUGGACUCUACAUCUUUCAACAAAUCGGAUACUACAAAUGGACACACUGGAAAAGUAACAAUACCUGGGAAGCCACCAAUACAGAUUCGUGAAACAUCAGAUGGUGUGAUAACUCUGGCAGGCUCUACUGAAGUUGGUGUUAGUUCUUUAAAAGAAAUGGCUGCUUGCCUAGAACAGGGCUCAAUGAGCAGGGCAACUGGAAGUACAAACAUGAACAACCAAUCGAGUCGUUCACAUGCCAUUUUCACCAUCACAUUAGAGCAAAUGCGUAGAAUCAACCCAGUUUUCCCUGAUGAUGGCAAUCUUAAUGAGAGUAUGAAUGAAGAAUAUCUUUGUGCCAAGUUGCAUUUGGUAGAUCUCGCUGGGUCAGAGCGAGCCAAAAGAACGGGGUCUGAUGGUUUACGUUUCAAGGAAGGAGUCCACAUCAACAAAGGCCUUCUUGCCCUUGGUAAUGUGAUUAGUGCACUUGGAGAUGACAAGAAGCGCAAAGAAGGUGUUCAUGUUCCUUAUCGAGAUAGUAAACUUACUCGACUUUUACAGGACUCACUUGGAGGAAACAGCAGAACUGUUAUGAUAGCCUGCAUUAGUCCAGCCGAUAUUAAUGCUGAGGAAACCCUUAACACACUAAAGUAUGCAAACCGUGCGCGAAACAUCCAAAAUAAGCCUGUUGUCAACAGGGAUCCCAUGUCCAGUGAAAUGCUAAAGAUGCGCCAACAGCUAGAGUAUUUGCAGGCAGAGCUCUGUGCUCGUGGGGGUGGAUCCUCAUCUGAUGAAGUGCAGGUUCUCAAGGAAAGGAUUGCUUGGCUUGAAGCCGCCAACGAGGAUCUUUGCCGAGAACUCCAUGAAUAUCGCAGCAGAUGUACUGUAGUAGAGCAACGUGAAACAGAUGCUCAAGAUGGUGUUGUGUGCUCUGGGAAAAGUGAUGGGCUUAAAAGAAGCUUGCAUAGUAUAGACUCAUCUGAUUAUAUGGGUGAAAAUAUCGCAGGUGACUCCAGAGAAAUCGAUGAAGUAGCAAAAGAAUGGGAGCACACACUUCUGCAAAGUAGUAUGGACAGAGAGUUGCAUGAAUUAGAUAGACGUUUGGAGGAGAAAGAGUCUGAGAUGAAACUCUUUGGAGGGUUUGACACUGCUGCUCUUAAGCAACAGUUUGGGAAGAAAAUCAUGGAGCUGGAGGAUGAGAAAAGAGCUGUACAGCAAGAGAGGGAUCGUUUGUUGGCUGAAGUUGAAAAUCUUGCUGCUAAUUCUGAUGGGCAAACACAGAGAUCGCAUGACAUCCACACCCAAAAACUGAAAACACUCGAGGCUCAGAUACAAGAGCUCAAGAAAAAACAAGAGAGCCAUGUGCUGCUUUUAAAGCAAAAACAAAAAAGUGAUGAAGCGGCAAAAAGAUUACAAGAAGAAAUUCAGUCUAUCAAGGCUCAGAAGGUUCAAUUGCAAAAUCGGAUAAAACAAGAGGGAGAACAAUUUCGACUGUGGAAAGCCUCUCGAGAGAAAGAACUCCUACAGCUACGGAAGGAAGGGAGAAGAAACGAGUAUGAAAGACAUAAACUGCAAGCUUUAAACCAGCGCCAGAAACUGGUUCUCCAAAGAAAGACAGAAGAAGCUGCAAUGUCCAUUAAGAGGCUAAAGGAGUUGCUGGAAGCUCGUAAAUCUUCUGCUCGCGAAAACUCGAGCUACAUUGCAGCCAUCAACAAUGGAAACGGAACAAAUGGCCAGACCAAUGAGAAAUCCUUGAAACGUUGGCUUGAUCAUGAGCUAGAAGUCAUGGUGAAUGUGCAUGAAGUUCGGUUCGAGUAUGAGAGACAAAGCCAAGUGCGAGCUGCAUUGGCGGAAGAAUUAGCUGUGCUGAAGCAGGUGGAUGAGUUUGCUUCAAAGGGGCUUAGUCCUCCAAGAGGAAAAAAUGGAUUUGCUAGGGCAUCCUCCAUGUCACCAAAUGCUAGAAUGGUCAGAAUAUCUUCUCUUGAGAAUAUGCUAAGCAUAUCAUCUAAUUCACUUGUAGCUAUGGCCUCACAACUUUCAGAAGCUGAAGAGAGGGAGCGUGCCUUCACUAACCGUGGACGUUGGAAUCAGUUACGCUCUAUGGGGGAUGCAAAAAACUUGCUUCAAUACAUGUUCAAUUCACUAGCAGAUUCAAGGUGCCAUCUAUGGGAGAAGGAAAUGGAGAUCAAAGAAAUGAAGGAGCAACUUAAAGAACUUGUUGGUCUGUUGCGACAGAGUGAGUUGCACAGGAAAGAAGUAGAAAAAGAGCUGAAACUGAGAGAGCAAUCUGUUGCAAUUAAUUUGGCUAACUCACCUUCAGGCAACUCACAUGAUUCUCUGAAGCAUUUCACUGAUGAUGUGACUAGUCCCUUGUCUCCUGGGUCUGCACCCGCACAAAAGCAGCUUAAGUAUACACCUGGUAUUGCCAAUGGCUCGGUCCGAGAAUCGGCGGCCUUCAUAGAUCAGACAAGAAAGAUGGUACCAAUUGGACAGUUGUCAAUGAAGAAAUUAGCAGUGGCAGGACAUGGUGCAAGGCUAUGGAGGUGGAAGAGAAGUCAUCAUCAGUGGCUCGUACAGUUCAAAUGGAAGUGGCAAAAGCCAUGGAGACUGUUGGAAUCAAUUAGGCACAGUGAUGAGACAAUUACGAGGACGAAGCCGCGAUCACAAACUCUAUCGCGUGUGAUUUGAUAUAUCUCUUCACUGUGCCUAAUGUUAACCUUUGACCUUAAGUGUGACCCAAACUCAGAGCACAGAGAUAAACCUAUAAAUCAGAGCAGUGUACUAGAACUGCUAGUGAAGUGGUCUGCUCAUAGCUAUUUUGGAUAAACUGAUUUUUCGAGAACAUAGGUGUGUGGUCUUGUAAUAUUUGAUGUGAUUACUAUUCCGGAGCAUCUUCUAGGGUUUGUUGAUGCUACCGAUAUUUUGGCCAAGAACUUUCAAGACAACGAAGGUGAAAGAUUGUACGUGGCCGACGCACGGUUGGAGAGUCACUCCAGUUGACUUCCAUUUUCUUGUUUUUUUUCUGUCCAUAAUAUGUUUAUAGAAAGGAAUUUCCUCCACCCAGAAAUGUGUUAUGAGCUUUCUUUCAUAGGUUUUUAUUGUUUUAGUCUUCAGUGUGUAAAAGAGGUGAUAUUGUUUAUGGAUGUAGUAGUGAAGUUGAUUUUGCUGAAAACAUUUGUGUAGCAUGUAGGCUGUAGCGCUUUCUCUCUGGUUUCGGCAGUGCUUCGUUUGUAACUUGUAAUUAAGCACACAAUAUUUCGUUAUUACAGGAAAACGAACGUCCUAAUAAAAUAUAAUAAAAUGUUGUCGCCUGUCUGUUCA